CUAAGCAGAUUUGUUCAACGACCACUAUGGAAGCAAAUUCUCAGAAUGACCACAGCAGAUUCGAUUCAAAGCCACAACACACAAACUCUUGUGCGGGAAACGAAAAAGGAAACUGUAACCGGGAGCUACAGACAACAAGCACAACUAAAUAACUGAACAAGAAACACAGCUCGGGUCACUCUGUUCCUUCUAUUCAACCUCUUCACCAGAAGCAGCAGGGACUUGGGUUUGUGAAGGAGUGACUGACUGCUACAGAGACGGAUAGUCUCUCCAGGUCAUUGUAUUUGUUCAACUGUUGCUUUGGGUAUAACUUGAGCUGGAGCUGGGAAGGAGAGAAUUCUCACUUACUUGGUGACGCUGAUACUCAUUCGGAAGAAGAGUCUUGCUUGGGUAUCUGACUUAUCUGGUCUGAUCUGAACUGCACCAGGCUGGACUGAAGAGGAACAAGGCCAACCAGUGCCAAGUCAGAGGAUCUCUGCAGCAGAAGAAGAAAGGCCACCCUCAAGCAAAAAGAGGGAGAUACUCUUAGCUAGCUAGACGACAAUUAUCUUGGAAGAUCCUUACAAGUCAAGACAAGUCAAGUUUCUACCAUGAUGAACUCGGACCCCCAGUUGCAAUAUAACCACCAGGAUAGUGGUGGCUCGGCAGGGAUGAGUGACGAAGAAUUGGCGGCCAACAACAAUACUACUACUACUACACCUAAUGUGUAUACCAUUGACGACCAAGAAGACGCGGCCAACUAUACCGUUGAAGACAACGAUUGGGGCAACGACACUGGUCCACCCGACGAGGGCGCGGUCUACAUGGAUGACGGCAGUCAUAAUCCUGGAAAUCCAUUCAAUGUCGCCACCAAUAACGACAAUACCAGUAACAACAUGAUGAUGGAUCCCAUUGAUCCGUACCAACAGCAGCAGCAGCAACCUGCCAUUGUCCCGGACGGAGGUAUCGCCAUUAUCAAUGUCGACGAAGAUCCCGCCGAACUCUACCACGGCGAUGAACCACAAGAAUUCGACGAUCCGUAUGCCGAUUCUCCCUAUCCCACCAACGACGAUCCGUACGAGCAUACCCCUUAUGCGGCCGACAAGAAUUACGUGCACGAUCCUUACGGAGAAUUGGAUUACAGUGAAAACAACGGCGCCGCCGCCGAUUUGGACGAUUUGGAUGACAUUAAUUUGUCGCGCAAAGAAAAUGUCGAAAACAUUCAAGGCGGCGAGUACGAACUCGAAUCCAAAGACCCCAAGUUUAGUGGCGUGGCGUCCUUUUUGCAACGCUACGGCAAGUCUCUCUUGGCGUGUUCCUUCAUGCUCUGCAUGAGUCUUGUCAUUAUGGGAAUUGUCCUCGUGGCCACGAUUGAUUCGGGAUCCUAUAAUUCUCCCGAGACAUCGCCCUGGGGAUUGCGGCACGAUGCCGUCCACACGGGAGGCUUUGUCCCGCCUCCGUUGGCGUUGGAAACGACCUGUACGCAAGAAAAUAUCGCCACGCAACAAGGAUUUGACGCGUGUGCCAAAUUGUGUGAUCCCGCGCAGUGCUGUCGAUUCGAUCCUGUCUCGGCACCACACAUGUCUUGUGAAAGAGGUCAUGUACAAGACUGUCACACAUAUCAUCACUACUGCGAACACCCUCCCAGGGCGGCCAUUAUACCCUUUACGGCGCCACCCGAAAAUAUCAAGGAUGUCUGUACGGCCGAAAAAAUGCAUACACCCCAAGGUGUCACGGCAUGUGCUCGAGCGUGUGAAGGAGGAACGUGUUGUCGAUAUCCUUCGACGCUCUCGGGAUUGAGCUGUUUGCGUGGCAAUGAAGCCCAGUGUCAAAUCUAUCAUCAAUACUGCGAACAACCACCCUCGAGUGAAGGUCAUGGAACACAUGCGACAGUUCCUUCGACUGGUGCCGGCAGUCACCCCCCACCCAGUGGUCAAGUGUCAUUUCCCUUUGUCAAACCACCCGAUGAUAUUCAAGACCGAUGUUCCGGAAAACGAGUGGCCACGGCACAAGGGUUCGAAGAGUGCUUGGAGAUUUGUCGUUCCGGAACCUGCUGUCGAUUCGAUCCAGAGCGAGAACCGAUGCUCAGUUGUCGCAACGAACAACCACAGGAUUGUCCCAUUUAUGAUCAGUAUUGUGGGGGUAACACCAACGUCAUUUCGCAACAAUCGACACCACCGCAUCCGUCGGGCGGGACUGGUGUGAGUGGCAACAACCAUACCAGUCCCACCUAUGUGGAAGACGUGUGCAGUGAUCAUUCGCUUGCCACUGUGGAAGGAUUUGCCGAUUGUCAAGAGGCUUGUUCCGAAGCCGAGUGUUGUUGGAAGAAGGAAUUUGGAACAACUUGUCCCGUUUGGGCGCAUUGUGAACCCUACUCGCAUUGUUUGGCCAUGCAAGCUUCCGAUCAUAUUGAUGUUGCCAUUCAAGUUUCGAUCAAUCUCAAAUGCACUGACACGCAACUCGCCACCGAAGAUGGUCGAAAGGACUGUUUGCUGGCAUGUUCGCAGGCCACGUGUUGUUUUGGUAGCUCCGCCGGAGAUUGUCCCCACGAGACUUCCACUUUCUGUCAACAAUACGAAGCCUGCGAAAAGGCGGUUCGUGACACCAUCCCACCACCACCUCCUGCCUUGAAUGAAAAGUGUUCCAGAGAAAAUGUGAGGUUACUUGGUGGGUUGGCGGAAUGCGACAGAGCCUGUGGCCACGCCGAUUGCUGCUGGAAGACGACCGGUCCAACUGUAUCGUCGUGCAGUACCACCAAUCCACUUUGCAAAGAUUAUGCCCCCUGUAGCAUUCUGGAACAGGGCAGUUCUUCUUCUGUGACUUUUCCACCCGUCCCAACGGCUCCAUCCACGCUGGAUAAUGUUUGCACCAAAGAUAUUCUCAACGCGCAGGGCAGAGGCGCCAUGGCAGUGUGUGAAGAUGUGUGCAAGAACGCUUUAUGUUGCUGGGAGUCAGGCGCAUGUCUCUAUGAGCAAGCCACUCAAUGCUUGGGAUACACUUCUUGCGCUGUGCUGCUGUCGGAAGUACCGGAAGCACCCUCCGUUCUCCCAGAGGUUUGUACAAUGGACAAGAUCUCCAGUGGUGCCGCCGGUAUUGCUGAAUGUAAAACGCUGUGUGAAGGUGCCAGUUGCUGUUGGAAGACGGGCGCAUGCCUAGAUAUGCAAGCCGACAGGUGUCAAGCAUACCAACCGUGUUCCGUGUUGCAGUCAAUCGACGAUGUUGGUGGUCCCAUCAUCCCUACGGCCCCAGAGGGGCUGCCAGAUUAUUGUACCGCCACUGCAAUUCAAGGCCAAAUUGCCGCAACUGGCGUGUCUCUGUGUGAAGACUUUUGUAAGCCGGCAACAUGCUGUUGGAAAACUGGAAGCUGUCUGGAAGCACAACCGGAAAAGUGCGAGGGUUACACCUCUUGUGGAAUUUUGGUUCAGAGUGGAACUCCCGCCUCGGCUCCUUUACCUGAGGCUGAAUCCUUCCUGAAAGACGUAUGUACCAAAGACAAGGUCGUCAACGUGGAGGGCGCGAUCCUGUGUCAAGAUGGCUGUAAGGCAGCCGAAUGCUGUUGGAAGACCAAGACGUGCUUACAGCUUCAUUCGGAUCAGUGUCCCGGUUACGCUCCAUGUUCAGUUUUAGUGCAGUCUUCUGGCACCGAUGACGAAGGCAUCCCGCUCGAUACAGCCAGCCCGGGGGCACCAACUCCUGCACCCACGGUUUACGUACCUGAUGCACCAACUUACUUGAACACGGUUUGUGACAGCGAAAUUGGAGGAGAUCAGGUGCAUGGCCACCUUUGUGUGAAUGCCUGCAAACGAGCAAGCUGCUGUUGGGAAGGACUACCUCUUUGCACGAGCAAUCCCAAAUGCGCAGCAUACUCGAUCUGCAGCGUGGUCAACUUUGAUACCAUUGUUGCUCCCACAAAUGCUCCGGUUGCUGCUCCCGCAACUCCGGCGCCUGUCCCGGCGGUAACACAAACUCCGGGAACGCAAACUCCAGAGUCUACGACAGCACCGGGACCCGUCACACCCGAAACGUCGGCCCCAGGGAACACCGCGCCUGGGCCAACACCUGGAGAGUACAGCGAAGAAAUGAUCACUGACGCUUGUAUGAAUCACGACAACAGCAUUGUGAAUUUGUGCGCACGAGUUUGUUGGGGCAGUGACUGUUGUUUCCACGCUGACAAUGCGAAUGGAACAAACUGCGGCGACUUCCCAUGCUACAAGUACAGUGCCUGUUCCGUGCUAAACCCUACUGCCGAUGAUGCCGUGAACCAGGCUUGUAACAAUGGGGAGUUAUCUGAUUGUAUCAACGCCUGCGGGAGCUCAUGGUGUUGUUUCACCAAGGACAUUGAUAAGGUUUGCGCGGAGACCAAUCCAGGAAUUGUCUGCAGUCGAUAUACGGCCUGCGAACGCAUCUACGACGUUGACUUCGGUGGCUAGCUAGUAGUGGUGCAGGCUGUUAUGGGCGAGGCGGGCAAGGGGGGGAAAGAGUCUGUAAACAGUAGGGAAUUUGAUGAUGAUUUUCGUAGUACAAUUAAAUUUUAAGAUAAAUACCAAGCCGUGCAUGG